UUAGGAACAAAGAGGUCGUUGUUUCAACCAGGCCCUUAGAAAAAGGAGAAGAGAAGCAACGGCCGAAGUCCAUAGAACUCGACAAGGCACUAGUUCACGAACACGGUUAUAUCAAGAAACCGUCGCAGGGUCGGCAGGUAGGUAUAAAAGGUGAUCCCAGAGUAUCCCAAGCUCGAGCUUAUGAUCACCAUCAAGACUCAACACAGCAAUUCUCGACAUCAUGCCUCGCCAAGCGUUUCCCGAGUACGAUUUAUACGCGACCCUCAAGGUCGACAGGAGGGCGACCAGUGCCGAGAUUAAGAAGGCGUACCGAGAAGCAAUUCUCAAGGAGCAUCCAGACAAGGCAGGCAACACGCCAGAGAGUAACAUGCGCGCCAGCCAGAUCAACGAGGCCUUCACCAUCCUGGGCGAUCUAUCUCAGCGCGCCGCGUACGACAGACACGUCGGCAACAAGGACUCGCGCGGCGAUAACCGCCACACCAACGUCCCCGGCAAGGACUCGCACGGCGAUAACCACCGCACCAACAAAAGUCACCACACGGAAAUCAGUCGUCACCACACGCAAACCAGUAGCCACCACCGCAGCCGCGACCACAGUCACAGCCGCCCCCGCCACCACCGUACCGACAGCAGCAGCAGUAGCCAUCACACGAGAAGAGGCAGUGGCACGCCACGGGAACACUCUAGCAGUUACGACGACCAGUACUACUACUGCAACCCCUGCUCCUGCAACCAGUGCUCCUGCGACCAAUCCUACGACGGGUUCCGGCACGACAGACCCCCGGUAGGGGCCUCGACGGAGGAUUACCUCGACGUCAUGAAGGCGUCGCGGGGGCUGUACCUGCUGUACAAGUACCUGGGGAGGAUCCAGUUGUCCUUCUCGACGGCCCGGCACCGGGGGAUGUCGCGGACGGGCACGGUGCUGUGGCCGGCGGAGGUGCAGCGGCUGGGGCGGCAGCUGGCGGCGGCGUGGGACGACGCGACGCAGCUGGACGCGCUGCUCCGGGGGCUGGAGCAGGCGCUGCUGCACGGGACGUGGCGGGCCGGGCAGGAGAACUUCGCCGAGCGCAUCGACGUGCUCAACGCACGCAUCCCCCGCGCCUUCCGCGCCGCCCGCGCCGCCGCCCACAGCGCCGCCUACCUCUGCACCUGCGCCGUCCGCGACUCCCCCGCCUACAUCGCCGACCUCAACCACCACCUCGCCGAGCUCCGGGUCUCGGCCGCCGGCUUCGAGCGGCCCUAGAGCGCCGGCGCGUGGUGAGACGCGGGAUGAGUCGGGACCCCGGGGGGGCGCGAGUAACGAGUAAAUGCUACAUCUCUUACAGACAGGUAUACGAGGUUUGUGGGAAGACAUAGGCUCGUUAUCGCUGCAGAUCGGGGGGGAAUUGUCGUUCUGGAUAUACCAUUGAUUAUAGAAUUUAUAUAGAAGUUAAGAAGUGAGCAAUCUUGGAGCGUGUAAAAAGGGUUCUUGCUUAUGCGUGCAGACGGAAAACAGGCGUUAAAACUGCUGACUAUAAUAUCCGGCGACAACGAUUCCAUCCACGUUGCGUUGAAGUGUCACACGACAAAAAAAACUUGACGAGGUUCGCG